UGUAGUCUCAUCUUCACUCACAAAUAAAUAUUUCCUAAUUAAUAUAAUCAUAUCAUAUCAUAAGAUGAGGCCAAUUUUUUUUGCAAUAUUCUUGCUUUUGGUUUACGUAGUGUUCCCUCCCUCCUCAACAUUUGCAUAUUCAGUAGUAGAGAAGCGAGGUGAUGAGAGAGGAGUAUACAGAAGAUCAUAUAGAUAUGGAAGAAGAGGAGGAGCAUUACAUCCACCUCCUCCUCCUCUUCCUGAUUUUCCUAUUGGUCCAUCAGGAAGUAAUCCAUAUGAAGGAGUAUAUCAUCCAAAAAGACCAUAUGAUCCACGUGGAAGAAAUCCUCCUCCUAAUCCUAUUGCCAAUACUCCAUAUAGAAGAUGCAUUAAUAAUCCAUACACGCGUGGUCCUUGCUCACCACCUAAGCCUUAAUUAAUUAGUUAAUACUUGAGGCCGUCUUAGAAGAAAUAAUGUUUGAUAACUAAAAAAAAUUUUCAAUUUCUAUUACAUACGUUUUUGUGUGUACUCUUUUGAGUUUGCAAUAGUGCUUCAGAAAUAAAAACCAUAUAUUGGGCUUCAAUUA